AUUCGAUUCGACCCAUCCGACCCGACUGGCCGCCACCUCGCCUCGGCCCAGCACACCCGUCUGGCCGUCUGAUGCUCCCCCUCCCUCGCCUCGUCCGCGCUCGCCUCCGCCACGUCCCUCCCCGCGCGGCAUUCUCCGGCAGACCCUCCGUUCCCCACGGCAGCGACGCGGAUGGCAGCCACGACGCCGCCGCUUCAGACGCGAUCGUUCGCCUCGUCGCCGCAGGCGGGGGAGGCCUCGAGGCCGACCUCGACCGCCUCUUUGCCGCCACCCUCUCCCACGGCCUCGUCUCCAGCGCUCUCCGCGCGCUCACGGACAGCGGCGUCCCCGCGGAGCGCUUCUUCGCGUGGGCCUCCUCCCUCGGCAGGGGCUUCUCCCCCGGCCCCCGCGCGCACAACCUGCUCGUCGAGAAUACCGGGAGGCUGGGAGACUGCGGCGCGAUGUCGCGCGCCCUGGCGCUCAUGUCGGAGCGGAUGCUCCCCCUGACGGACCGGGCGUUCGCCUUCCUCGCUCUGUCUUCGGGUUCGUCGCGGAGCGGCAGUGUGGAGGAUUCGACGACAUCGGUCCUGCGGGCUCUGGACGGCGUUGGCGGGCCCUGCCGCGCGUCCGGCGUGUUCUCGCUUGUCAAGGCGCUGGCGUCCAUCGGCGAGUUCGAUGCCGCGGUCUCGGUGAUCGAGGAGACGACGAGGAAGGUGCGGUACUAUAACGUCCUUGUCGCGGCAAAGUGUAAAGCCGGCGACUUUGUCGGCGCCCGCGAGGUGUUCGACGAAAUGAGGAAGUCGGGGUCUGACCCUGACGCCAACACCUGGAACUACCUCCUCGGCUGCCUGCUCAAGAACGGGAGGCUCGCUGAGGCAUGCGGGCUUGUUGAGGCCAUGGAGAGGUUGAAGUGCAGUGAGAUCCCGAACUCACUCACGUACGAGAUCCUCACAUACCAUGCCUGCAAGGCAGGGAAGAUGGAUUCGGCAAUGCAAAUUCUUAAUCAGAUGUUCUCGGAAAACCUGACGCCGAGGAUCACUAUACACUCUGCAUUCAUCAAGGGGUACUUCUACGCUGGGAGAAUAGAAGAUGCCUGCAAGUAUGUCAAUGACAUGAGCACCAGGGACAGGCAUUCUGUGAACCGGAACUACAGCCUGCUCGCUAAGCUGCUUCGAAAAUCAGGGAGGACCGUCGAUGCAGGCAGAGUCCUAUAUGAGCUGAUGGACAAGGGCCUCAGACCUGACCAUUCUGCUUAUGUUAAAGUGGCCAAGGAUCUGCACAAGAUGGGCAGGGGUGAUCUGGCUUCUGAACUGAAGAUGAUGUUUCAAAGGUUCAGUGUACAGGCAGAUAUGGGUCGAUGAUGUGUUUCUGAUCUGCUAUUGAGUCGAGUGAAGCUUGCAUGUACAUAGAAGACAGGGCAGAGCUAGGCCUCUUUAUCGGGGUCAGCUGACCCUUAUGAUUUUUGGCAAAAUCCGUGGAAAUAUCACUGUUAUACUCUGUUUUAUAACAUGAAAGACCCCAGAGUACAUUGUUGAAGACCCGGUAAAGUUUUCUGCUGGCUUCGCCACAAGACACAUGUGGCGGUUAAUGUCUCAUGUAGUCAUGUCCCUCUCACCCCCCUCUAGCUUAUAUGCCGCGUAUGGAUCAUGAACACGAGCUCACCAUAUUUAAGGAAUCAGUUUAUUUA